AUGAUACAGGCUUCUUUAGCUGAGGCGGAUCCCUCCUUACUGAGGAAUGGGUGCUCACGGCUGCACACUGUGUUGACCCACCGUUCCUACAUUCGUCUGGGGACACACAGCCUGAAUGAGCCAUCAGUGUUUUAUCGAUCCAUCUCACGCAUCGUCAGUCACCCACAGUACAAGAAACAGCAUUUGGCCCUGCUGCACGACAUCGCUUUGGUGAAGCUGAGUAAAAAGGUGACGUUCUCCUCCCUGGUGAAGCCCGUGACCCUGCCCAAACCGGGUGAUGCCUUCCGUCCAUUGAGGAAUUGCUGGAUCGCUGGCUGGGGCAACGUCGGGAACAAUGUGGAAUUGUCUGGUAAUAGGACCCUCCAGGAACUGGAGCUGCCCAUUGUGAAACGGCGCACCUGUAAGCAAAAGUUUUCGGGCUUCACUGACAACAUGCUGUGUGCUGGCUCCAUGGAAGGAGGGAAAGACUCCUGUCAGGGGGACUCUGGUGGGCCGUUGGUUUGUCGCUCAUCUGGUGAGUUUGUCCAGGUGGGAAUCAUGAGUUUUGGGGAUACCAAUGGCUGUGCUUUGGAAGGCUUCCCUGGAUUCUACACCCGUGUGGCCCGCUAUGUGGACUUCAUCCAGGAGGCUAUAACCUCAGACAGACAGGCUUCUGCUGAGGCCUAG